AUGAUACGGUUCACGAACAGCACGGGGGAUGGCAGAGCAAUUAUCUGGAGGAGGCUAUUGACAGCUGGAUUGAUAUGCCUUCUCGGCGUUGACACAUUUUCCCUACCUGAUGAUGAUCGUGCUCACAGUGUCGAACUUAGAGAGCUUUUUGGCAGGAGACAUGUGUCGAGUCUUCUUGGGAGCAGUUUCAGAGAGAGGCUAAACCAGAUACUGCAGUCCCAUGUGGGAAGGCUUCAUCGUGCUUCGGGUGAUUGGCUCGACCAAGACCAAGAACAACAACUCUUUGAAGGCGAUCAUCCGAACCGCUCUGUAUCUGAUGCCGACGAACAUAAUAAAUUUGAUCCGCCUUCGGACCUUUUUGGUGGGUCCCACCAACUUUGGGGUGGUGUGGAGUUUCAGGGCAUGAGUUGGUCCCACCACCACCUGAAUGCACAGUUGGAGACAGUAACCUUAAGCUCCUUUUGGCUUCAACAGAGGAUGGACCACAUGCAAAGCAUGCUCGAAGCUUGCAUGGAGAUGCAAAUCGAGUUGCAACGUUCCGUGCGCCAGGAGCUCUCUGCCACUCUAAAUCGUCCCACUUUUCCAACCGAUGCAUCUAUGGAGUCCCAGUGGGAUCAUGUGAGGAAAGGAAUUUGCUGCAUGUGUAGGGACAAUAAAUUGAUGUCUUGCUUUACAGUAACCAUCGUUGCUUUUCAUCACGAUAUCACCAUCAUCAUUGCUGCCACCAUAAAUGCGAGCAAGUCGCUGCAACCUGCUACCCGGCGAGCUUCGACCUCAGCAACUCCGACGGUUCACGUGAGCAGGCCCCUUCUUCCGCGAGCAAGCGCCGUCCUCAGCCACGCACAGAGACGCAUCGACUUUUCCCCGUCGAUCACGCGCAGCAACCCAACGAGCGUCCCGGUCGAUUUUUUGCGUCCCCAAGUUCUGACUCUUUCGUUCUCCGAGAACUUGGUCGCUGUCUCCUCUCGGUGCUCGGUAAAUCGAAGGCUAUACCCCCCUUUAACCAUCGUUGCUUUUCAUCACGAGAUCACCAUCAUCAUCGCUGCCACCAUAAACGCGAGCAAGUCGCUGCAACCUGCUACCCGGCGAGCUUCGACCUCAGCAACUCCGACGGUUCACGUGAGCAGGCCCCUUCUUCCGCGAGCCAGCGCCGUCCUCAGCCACGCACAGCGACGCAGCGACUUUUCCCCGUCGAUCAUGCGCAGCAACCCAACGAUUGUCCCGGUCAAUUUUUUUUGCGUCCCCGAGUUCCGACUCUUUCGUUCUCCGAGCACUUGGUCGCUGUCUCUUCUCGGUUCUCGGUAA